UGUCUUGCUCAAGGACAACUCAUUCAUGGGCCGCCGGCUCUGGGGAUCGAACCGGCGACGAGGCUGGUUCUCUAACCUCCUGCCCACGACUGCCCAUUUUCUGUUAUUAUAUCGUUGCGUGGGAAAUCGGAGGGUCCUUUACGACAUAUGUUGGUUAAUAGAGUGUUAUAGCUUCUCUUUGAGGACGUCCAUGAAGACAAAUCUAUCUGCGUUAUCAUACACGUUGAGAUAUGUUCAGGUGGUGGAGGUACCAGAACCCAUAGCACCGAUUCCUUAAGCUGUUCUAAGAAUCCCCAGCGGUUCUCCGGCUUAGUUUGCCAUUAGUAUCUCCUGGCCUUCUUGGGUGGGUACUGGAGGCGGGGCUGUCAUUAUCAAGCUGCGCUUUGACAAGUUUGCGUGUAAUGAGGGCUGCAGCAGUUUGCAUUGGCCACUCAAGACAUUCCUGGUGGCCUAUUGUUGCUUAUGACUGUUUCUUGCCACCUUGCCUGUGGCAGGAUACAGCUCUCUCCUCAAGACGUCCCACUCUUCUGGGGGAAGCUGUUUGAAACUUCUGUUCUAGAGGCUGGCAAGGUUUAUGAUGGUAAAUGGGGUUAGAGAACUUGUUUAGUGUCAACACACACUAAAGGAAUAGAACGUUCAAACAGUUCUUGUCCCUUUAUACUUACAUCCUAAGCAAAAGGGUCGCCAUUCGUUUCUGACUAUUCAAUUAAAAGAUCAUUUAUGAGGUCGGACAGCACUUUUGCUCAAGAAGGCCUGUCUCUCAAUCGUUAUUCCUCUUCGCCCUAACGGUGUUCAGUGGGGUUGAGGUCAGGGCUGGAGUUCCUCCACACCAAACUGACCGAGCUCUGUCUUUAUGGACCUCACUACAUGCACAGGGCUGUGGUCAUGUUGGAAGGUGUAACGAUUGCCUAUAGGUAUUGUAAUACUGCGCAUGCGUGAGGGAGUUGUAGCCCCUCCGUGCAAGACGGUGAGCUGCUGUAGCCCAGCCGACGGUCUGCUGUAACUAUCUUCUGAGUUAUCUGGAUGGUGAGAUAAGUGGGUGACCUACCAUUAAAUACAUCUUCUACCCCGCAUGGAGUGUAUUCCUGUUUGUGUGCCUCCAAAGAAGCCAGGAAUCCUUGCUAUCUCUUCUACCACUCACCCCCCCCCACCCUUUUCACCAUUACAAAGGGGAAAUGGUCUUCCCCAAAACUGUUGUCACGAAGUUGAAGGCAUAUAACUGUUACAAUGUCUUUUUGUGCUGUAGCAUUAACAUUACCCUUCACUGGAUCUAAGGGCAUCUGACCACUAGGAUAGGCUCCAGCAAACCCCCCCGGCAACCCUGAGGGAGAAGCGGCUUAGAAAAUGUGUACGUGUGUGUGUGUGUGUGUGUGUGUGUGUGUGUGUGUGUGUGUAUCUAAGGGGCUUAAGCCCUGAAAAACAAACCCAGACUAAUAUCCCUUCUCCACCAACUUUACUUUGGCACUAUGUAUUCUGAUUGGAAGGGUUCUCCUGGUUCAUCCAUCAAACUGCCAGAUAGUGAAAUGUGAUUCAUUUCAACACCCCCCCCCCCCCCAACCACCCCCAAGAACACAUUUUCGCUGCUCAAGACUCUAGUGGUGGUGUGCUUUACAUCACUCAAGCUGACACUUGGCAUUAAACAUUCUGAUUAUAGGCUUGUGUGCAGCUGCUCAGCCACUGAAACCCAUUUCAUGAAGGACCUGAUGAACAGUUCUUGUGCUGAUGUCUGGUGCUUUCAGAAGAAGUGUGGAACUCUUCAGUAUGACCUGUUCUACCACCAGUGUUUGUCUAUGGAGAUUGCAUGGCUACGUGCUUAAUUUUAUCCACCUGUUAGCAAUGAGUGUGGCUGAAACACCUGUAAUUAGGAGGCGUGUGUACGUACUUUUGGACGUAUCAUUUAUAUACGUUACUCUGAGUGGACUCAUACUGGACUCUCAGCCUGUGGCACAAGGUCCAUAUCACAGCUGCCAUGUCCUUUCUCCUGUUUGCAUCUCGCCCACCCGUGCAUAAAAGUGACAGAGACCCCAUGUCGUACAUCUAAUUCAGAUGUUCAUUACCUUUGCUUCUUGAAGCAGCUGUGGUCCCCUUUGUACCCUAACGUGUACCAACUGUUCAGAGCUCGUUUUAUGGCUUUGAACCAUAGCCUGCGCAACCGCCUCUAAAGCUUUUCAUUUUGCUUAUCUUGGUUGCUGUGCUAGACAAGCCCAGGUGUUUGUGCCAUAAUUGAAUUAAACAAACAAUAUAUUACAUAUAGACUAUAAUGAAUAUAAUAAAUAUGUAAUUGGAGUGAAAUUGGCCAAUUUCUUGUUUUCUUUUCUGCAUUUAGACAUUCAAUGAAUUCUUUGAACCGUGCUUCUACGCUAUUAUAGGAGUUAAUUGUCUUGUUGCUUCAUCAGCCUUGUCCUUAUUUUAUAGCUGCUCUUUUACACAAUUGAUAGCACCAUCACUUAUUAUAUUGUGCAACUAAGGAAUACUUCCAUGUAGCUUCACACAGAGAAAAUGCAAAGUAAACACAAUAUCUUAACAUCCGCAGCUUGAUCAGAGGGAAUUUAGCAGAUGUGGUUAAAACCGCUGCCUUUUGGCCUCACAGUGUUUUGCUUUGAAGGUCAUAAUUUAACGUCACACUUGUGAGUCUUAUCAGUGUAACAUGUAAUAUAUCCCAGACGCAAAUGUGCCAAAGGUCAGCAAAGUUGCAACAGCCAAAGUUUCACUGCAAGUUAUAAACAAAGUCCAUACAAAUCUAUUGCAUUUGAGACGGGACUUCUUCAGAAUAAAACAGCCCCUGAGAAAUCAUUUCAAAUUAAAAAUCCAUUGAAAAGCAUCUUCUGAAUCCCCCUCGUGGCAUUUUCUACAUCCCCAUCUACGGUUCAUUUUGAGGAAGAUGUCAUCCCAACUAACAGAGGCUCUCCAAGAAUGGGAGCGUCUGGACAAAGAUUUUCAGCAGAUUCAGGAGAGUCAUCGGCUUUACCUGCAGAAGCUGGACGAAGUCUCUAAAACGCAGAGCAGCUUCACUGCCUCUAUUGCCCGACAUAGGAAGUAUUUAAAGGACUUGUCUCAGUCGCUAAACAAGUGCAGUAAAGGACUUACAGGAGAGAAUGCGAAGAAGGUGGAGCGUAUAAAGGGGCACAUCCAGCAGAGGCCCAACAUCUUCUCAGAGAUGGAGUCAUUUCUUCCCAAGAAAAAUGGGAUAUAUCUCAGUCUCGUCCUUGGGAGUGUGAAUGUCAACCUUCUAAGUAAGCAGUCAAAGGCUGCCUACAAAGAUGAAUAUGAGAAAUUCAAGCUGGGUGUGACUGUGAUUCUGCUCCUGCUGACCUUCAUUUGUCAGUUUUUAGUCACCUACAGGUUUGUGGACGCACUCGUGAACUUCCUUCUGGUCUGGUACUACUGCACCUUAACAAUCCGUGAGAGCGUUCUCAUCAGUAACGGCUCCAGGAUUAAAGGCUGGUGGGUAUUCCAUCACUACAUCUCCACCUUCCUAUCAGGGGUCAUGCUCACUUGGCCUGACGGCGAACUGUACCAGAUGUUCAGGAGCCAGUUUCUGACCUACUGUUUGUAUCAAGGCUUUGUACAGUGCCUUCAGUAUUACUAUCAAAGUGGAUGCCUUUACAGACUCAAAGCCCUCGGGGAAAGACACAACCUGGACUUGACAGUGGAGGGAUUUCAGUCCUGGAUGUGGCGAGGGCUGACGUUCCUGCUGCCAUUUCUGUUCUUCGGUCAUUUCUGGCAGCUUUUUAACAGCGUCACCCUGUUCAGAAUGGCCAGGCUUCCCCAGUGUAAAGAGUGGCAGGUUCUCAUAUGUGGGUUUUCCUUCCUGGUUUUAUUCGCUGGGAACUUUUUCACUACGCUUGCCGUGGUCCGUCACAAGCGGAAAACCAAGAAUCAGGGAAAGAGCAAGGGCCUGUGAACCAACGAGCUGCUAAUUUACUGCCUGUAAUGCUUAAUGUGGAGCUCACGGUUUAUUUAUGGAAGCAAUUUUGUUCUAAAGUGUUAAAAUCCCGCUCCAGUGCUCUUUGAGGAUGAACCAUAAGUAAACUUUGAGAUGAUGGAAA